AUGAGCGCUGCCACUGAUUCCGGUUUGGUGGCCCAGGUGUGGCAAGCAUGGCUGGUCGUGACGGACGAGGAGAAGAAGGCACGACAGCUGGAGGAGCAGAUGAAGUCGUCCGACGUUAGGCUCAAGCAGAUGCUGGCGAACACCAAGGGCAAAGCCUUCGGCGUGGCGAGCCGCACCAAUGAGCAGAUCAACGAGAACCUGCUGCUGCGCGUCCUGUCCGCCUGGAUGAUCGAGUUCAAGGUCGGUCACGUGGAGAAGUACUACGAGAAAAAGAUUAACGGCAAGAGACAGCAGCUCACAAAGGUGCAUACUCUGUUCAAGGACUUUGCCAACCAGCUGGAGAACGGCCUCAAGCCAAACGACGGCGACUCUUCAGGGCGCACGGGUACUACCCGUGACCGGCGGACCAAAGGCAGUUUGGUGAAGGAGGGAAGACAGCGGCACCGUGUCCUUGCCGGACAUCCACCAGAGGGCGCCCGUCUAUGCCUGAAGGCCUCGAGGGAAUACCGAGCGGAAGGCCGAGCUGCGACCACCCGACCCUCUGGGCAUCUGCGCCCUUGGGGAGGAGCUCUCAAGGAGCCGGCUGGGCGGCGACGCAGGCCAAGUCUGACCGCUUCGGGCAGGGCGCCUUCCUGGCAGGCUCUUCUGCUCUGA